AUGGCGGACGUCGCAGACAGAGUGAAGCAGGUCGCUGCUGAGGAGUCCAAGAAGGUCAAGGCCAUGACUACAGAAGCAGUUCGCUCUCGUGCCUACAUCUAUCCUCUCAAGGGACUUUUGUACUUCAUCUCUCAUCGAGAUCUCUGGAAGCCUCUGACAUCUAAACUGGCUCCUACAAUCACCCUCAGCCUUGGAGUCACCACCUUCAUGUUCCUCGUGGCCUAUCUUCCUCAAGCCGCUAUUAUGGCAUUCACCUCAGGUCCAGUCGCAGCCAUCAGUGCAGCCUUACUCACACUCAGCGAGAGUUCCACCCUAAUCAACUUAUUGUCUAGAACAUUCAUGAUUGAGGAUGCCUUGACAGACACCUUCGAUGGAACUUUGAUGUCAAGAGAAUGUACCAACUUGGUAUCAGAGGGCAGACAGAUCAAGGCUGGAGGUGACAAUAUUGCCAGGCUCGGGAAAUUGGUCAAGAAGCCCUUUGCCAAAUUCACACCCAAUGCCAUUAUUCGAUACGUUUUGUAUCUACCACUCAACUUCAUUCCAGUGGUGGGGACGGUCAUAUUUAUCAUCUUACAAGGAAAGCGUGCGGGUCCGGCAGCUCAUACCCGAUAUUUCCAGCUCAAGGAGUGGAACAAGAGACAGCGAGAACUUCACAUUGAAGAGCACCGCGGGGGUUAUACAUCCUUUGGGGUUGCAGCAUUCCUUUUGGAGAUGAUCCCCUUUGCCAACCUGGUCUUCGCAUUCACCAACACAGUUGGGGCAGCACUGUGGGCUGCUGAUCUGGAACAGAAUGCGACACCGCCCAAGAGCGCACGUGAAGAGCUUAAGAAGGCGCAGUGA